AUGGAGACGUUGUUGGCCCAUUCGUUCGAUUACCUCUCUUCAUACGAGCCCAGCAAAGUGCGUAAAGGCCUGCGCCAAGUUGAAGGUCUUCUUGCACAGAUAUGUCUCUCCAAAGCGAAACAGUCGCCAAUCGUGCGGAAAAGGUCAAUGAUGGGAAUGGGUUCACCCCAGCCGGCUGCUAGACCGUUAUCAGAGAUCAAAGACGACCCUGCGUUCCGGGAGUUUUUCAAACUACAAGAAGGGUUUCAGUGGAACGUGGCGAUGCGACUGGUCACUUGUCUAGAACAUCUACUGGGCCGAGGGAGCAACGGCACCAACGACCUGCUCAUCCUCGCAACCUUAGACCUCAUCCAAGGCGCUCUUCUUCUACAUCCGCCAUCGCGCACCCUCUUCGCCCGUGAAAUUUACAUGAAUUUGCUCCUUGACCUCCUCGAUCCGAUCAAUUGCCCUGCUAUCCAAUCCACAACACUCCUCACUCUCGUGACGGCCUUGCUGGACAAUCCGGCCAACACGCGCACCUUUGAACAGCUCGAUGGUCUGUUCACAGUGACAUCCCUGUUCAAGCAGCGCGCAACAUCGCGCGAGGUCAAGCUGAAACUUGUCGAGUUCCUUUACUUCUACCUGAUGCCCGAGACCCCCACCAAUCUCCCCGCAGGCGCCAAUGCGUCCAGUCCGGGGAUGCAGCGCAGAGGUCCACAUUUGCGAAGCCCCAAAGGAAGUCGUCAAUCAGCAAACGGGAGCCGUGCUACGCGCACGACAGAUGAGAAACAAGCGCUGCUGGGCAGAUAUCUCAAUAACGUGGCGGACUUGGUCGAAGAUCUCAAAGAAACUGCGCCAUUCGGAGCGACCGUCUAUUGA